AUGAAUAUCGAGAAGCUUACUGGGCCCGAGAUUGUCAAGAAGCAGGUGUACUAUGGGCACGAGGUUGUUAAUGGUGCCGCCAAGAGCAGCGAGCCGAUUACGAUAUCGUUUCCGGCAACCGAGGUGGUGGGCCACGGGUCGUUUGGUGUAGUGUUCACUACUGUGAUACAGGAGACCAAUGAGAAAGUUGCGAUAAAGAAAGUUCUCCAGGACAAGCGGUUCAAGAACAGAGAACUGGAGAUCAUGAAGAUGCUGCAGCACAGGAACAUCAUCGACCUCAAAUACUACUUCUACGAAAUAGACGAGAGAGAGGACGUUUUCCUCAACUUGAUACUCGAUUACAUGCCCCAAUCCCUCUACCAGAGGCUGCGCCACUUUGUGCAUCAGCGGACACCAAUGCCCAGAUUAGAGAUAAAAAUCUACAUGUACCAGCUCUUUAAAGCACUAAACUACUUGCAUCAUACAGCUAACGUAUGCCACAGAGAUAUAAAACCACAGAACCUGCUGGUAGACCCGAACUCCUGGUGUUUGCGACUAUGUGAUUUUGGUAGCGCCAAGCAGUUGAAACCUACAGAGCCGAACGUAUCGUACAUCUGCUCGAGAUACUACAGAGCGCCAGAACUGAUAUUCGGAGCCACUAACUACACAAAUCAAAUAGAUAUAUGGUCAAGCGGUUGCGUGAUGGCGGAAUUGCUCUUGGGUCAACCGAUGUUCCCAGGUGAGAGCGGCAUUGACCAACUAGUAGAGAUUAUUAAAAUCUUGGGUACCCCUACGAAACAAGAAAUUUGCGUGAUGAACCCUAAUUACAUGGAACACAAGUUCCCUCAAAUCAAACCAAUCCCAUUAGCUAAAGUCUUCAAGAAAGAAGACGAAGUAACGGUGGAUUUCCUAUCGAAUACUUUCAAGUAUGACCCUACUCAAAGAUACCACUCUUUACAAUGUUUAUGCACUCCGUACUUCGAUGAAAUUAGAUUUGGCGACGGAAAGAUAAGAGAAAUAAUAAAAGAUCUGAAACUACUAGAGUUUGAUGAACAGAUGGAACUAGCACAUCUUGGUCCCGACGAAAGAGGAGCGGUAAAGCAAAAGUUACAUAUACAGUAA